AUGAUAAAAACAACACCUUCUAGCGUGAAUCAAGCUUAUGCCCUUAUUGUACAAGAUGAAAAUAAAAAAUCAUCAUCAGUGGGGCAUUUUUCAUCUGGUGAGGGUAUGGAUCCUACAGCCUUAUUCACAGCACGAGGUGCACCGACUAGAAAAUUUGGUGACUUGUAUUGUGACUACUGUCAUAUGCGAGGACAUACUAGGGAGCAAUGUUUCAAAUUGAAGUUUUGUGAUCAUUGCAAAUUUAGAGGUCAUCUCAGAGAGACUUGCCACCAACUGAUUGGAUACCCAGCAGAUUUCAAAGGCAAAAAGAAGGCUAAUGUGGUAAUAAGGAAUGGACAUUCAGGAGAACCUCCUCAAAGUCAACUUUCUUCUGGAUAUGGCAAGCAGUCUGAACAAAGCCAACUAAUCCAAGGUAAUAUAACAUAUAAUGGUCAGGAUAAUUACACUUGGAUUAUUGAUACAGGGGCCACUAACCAUAUGGUUGGUAAUGAUAAGAUGUUAAAUGGUGCACAAGUAGGUAACACAGGGUCGGUACAGUUGCUAACUGGAGAGACAACUAAGGUGUCUUCAAUUGGAACCUGUCAGCUAGAUGGAGGUGAACAUAUUACGAAUGACCUACUCACUGGGAAUGAUAAAUUUAGCGCCAGGUCCAUCAGAUCUGUAUUUCUUGGCUAUAGCUCCCAUCAGAAAGGAUAUAAGCUUCUUGAUUUGAUUACUCACAAAAUAUUUGUAAGUCGAGAUGUCAUGUUCAAUGAACACAUUUUCCCUUUUCGGUUAUUAAAUAUACCACAGGAUUUGCAACCUCAUUGUUUUACACCAAUUGUCACGACUGCCGAUGUAGAUGUUUCCAUGGAUCAGGACACCUCUAUUUCUCAGACUACUGUGAUCGUUGCUGAGCCUUCUUCUACUCAUGACCAGUUAGAGGAUGUUGCUGCAUCAUCUAAUUCUGAUGAUAUUGGUCCCCUUCCAUCACAAACUCGAAAGUCAGGUAGAUCAGUAAGACCACCUAUUUGGUUCAAGGAUUACGCUCCAACCAUAGGUGGAAGAGCUCAUCACUGUCAAUAUCCUAUCUUUGAUGUUAUUGCUUAUGAUGCAUUGUCAUCUUCUUAUCAAAAUUUUAUAUCUAAGUUCUCUCUUGAAACUGAACCUAACACCUAUGCCGAGGCUGCUGCAGAUUGUAGGUGGGUGGCUGCAAUGAAAGACGAGAUCACCGCCUUAAAUAAUAAUCAUACUUGGGAAAUUGUUGACUUACCUAAAGGGAAGAAAGUCAUUGGUUGUCGAUGGGUUUACAAAAUUAAGUACAAGGCAGAUGGAUCCAUUGACAAAUUUAAGGCGCGUUUAGUUGCUAAGGGUUACAAUCAAAGGGAAGGAUUAGAUUUUCAAGAAACAUUUUCACUCGUGGUGAAAAUGGUCACUGUUCGUACAGUGAUUUCAAUGGCUGCAGCUAAAGGGUGGGAAAUACACCAAAUGGAUGUCAACAAUGAUUUUUUACAAGGUGAUUUACACGAUGAAGUAUACAUGACAGUACCACAGGGCUUCAUUGACACAGGGAACAAGCAGAAGACCAACUUUAAGAUUAAAGAUCUUGGUAAUCUGCGAUUUUUUCUUGGUAUAGAGUUUGCUAGAAACUCAACAGGCAUAGUCAUGCAUCAGAGAAAGUAUGUGUUAAAACUCAUUUCUGACCUAGGUUUGUCAGGCACUAAACCAGUUCACUCUCCUAUGGAGUUAAAUGACAAGUUCACCACUGUUGCAUUCGAUAAACACAUUGGAAUCACCACUUCAGAUCCACCCUUGCAGGAUCCUAGCGGCUACCAAAGACUUAUUGGUCGACUUAUUUACUUGACAGUUACUAGGCCUGACAUUUGUUUCUCUGUACAAUGUCUGAGUCAAUUCAUGCAGAAUCCUAAGUCAUCUCAUAUGAAAGCCGAUUUAAGAAUUGUUAGAUAUCUCAAGCUUUGCCCUGGCUUAGGCAUUCUCAUAUCUUCUACAUCCUCUGCACGGUUAGCUGUUUACUGUGAUGCAGAUUGGGCAGCUUGCCCUAACACCAGGAGGUCUAUUACUGGUUAUUUGGUGAAGCUUGGUGACUCCCUCAUUUCUUGGAAGUCAAAGAAGCAGGUUACUAUAUCUUGGAGCUCCGCUGAAGCAGAGUACAGAAGUUUAGCCUCAGCAGUUGCUGAAAUUGUUUGGCUUGUUGGACUAUUUUCAGAAUUGGACUGA